CCAGCGGGUCACGUGACCCGGACGGUCAGUGACGAGCCCAGCCGAGCCGUGCCGUGUGGCGGCGUUCAGUCAGUCUGUUGUGUCCCGUGCAAGUGAUAGUACGGAAGAUCCGGACACCGCCGACACUCAGGAACAGACCUAGAGAAUCCAUACAUCACGCAUCUACACGAAGGCAGUGGACAGCUAUGCGCGUCUCGAGGAGCAACUCUGCCGCCGCCGCCGCCUCUCUGUUAGUAUGGCUGGUGCCCCUGGUCUCUAGCAUUUCGGUGCCGUCAGGCAAGCUGACCCCCAUCACCCCCGCCAAGCCGACCCCACGCUAUGUAAACCCCCACGCCCCGGCCCAGCCCGCCGCGGUGGUCGAGUACUCCCAGGACCAUCCCGAGCCUCCACCUCUUGACCCCAGCUACGUCCCAGUCAGAUAUGACUACUUUGACACUCUCGCCAAGCACCAUGUCUACUAUGUACCCUUGAGGUUCCCCAACUUUAACGGUGUGUCGAAUCACAUUGAUUACGAACCACGACAGAAAUUCUACGGACAGACUCUGGGCAAAAAUAUCGGCUACAAGCCCUUCAAGCAGCAGCUGUACUUCCCCGCCCGCCAAUCGGAUUGGAAUCAACAAAACAACUAUGUCAACAACCAAGAUAAUCAAGUCAAGGAUCAGUACAACCAGAACAACGGCCAGUAUAAUCAGUACAACAACCAAGCCAACAACCAGGUCAGCAACAAUAACCAAUACAGCCGGAGUACCAAUGAGUACAACAACCAAAAUAACAACCAAUACAACGUACAACCAACGCAACAACAGCAACAUGAGGUGUUUAGCACUCAGGCAGCGCCGGCCAGCUCGGUGCUUCCUCAAGCCCUGAGCUCUACCCCUCAAGCCCUGAGCUCCACGCCUCAAGCCCAGACCCAGAACCCCACUCAGACCUACUCCAAGGUGGACUACUCCAGCGGCAAAGGUAGCUACGACGUGACGGGCAAGGGUGGCUCCAGGAGCGAAUACUACGGCCUCACAAAGGAAGAUUGGAGCAAAAAGUCAGUCUACCCCAAGAAGGUGGUGGGCCAAGGACUCACGCCGAGGAAGUUCGGCAGCCAUAAAUACUGAACCUCACACCCACCUCGUCCUCAUCAUGUCAUCUCAUCUUUCCACCACAUUGCCAUAUCUUCAUUGUCAUCUCGCCCAUUUUCAUAAUAAAAAGUGUGUAAAAAUGUACAGUU